AUGACGCUGGUGCAGAUACCCGAAGAUGGCUUGAACAUCCAGCUAACACCACAAAGCGAACAGACCAUCCCUGAUACUGAGGCAGAAAUAAACGAUGAUGGAGAUGAUGAGGAAAGAAUCAAAACUCUCACACUAACUAUGACUACCAAAUCAUUGCAGAAUCUGGCAUCCUAUCCUAAUCCCAGCCAACGGUCCGCUCAGAAGGCUCUUAAAGUUGCACAUGCUGCCAGGCUUCGUGCGAAUCUACAAUACGUACCCACUGGUGUUGAUUUGGAUUCUCUAUCUAUUGAAAAGUUGUCUUCCUAUCCUACGGAUGCCGGACUGUCAAGUGGUAUACUUCGACACACACAGUCUGAACCGGCGCCGUUACGGCUUCACUCACAGAGGGCCGAAGCCAACGUGCAAGCCUCCUGCAGUCCAGAUGCAGUGCCAGCUCAGCUUGGCAACAGGUCUCCAGUUGUGGCACACCUCAGCCCGUUGACGUAUAGUGAGGCCGCAGGUGGCGGCCGGCCUUCGUCCGAUAUUUUGGUCGCGGGGCCAGGUGUUCCGCGCCCACUUACAGCUGGCCCGCCCGGACAACGCCAAUACCGGCCGUCUACAUUUGACUUGACUUUUGGUACUAUGGCUUCCGCCACUGGCCGUUCGAAGACGGAGACUGACGGAUACAACGAGCUGCGGGGAUCGGCAGUGGCUGUCGGUCGACCAGCUAGCGCUGUACUGCACACCAAGUUGGACGGUGCAUUAGCGAGAGGCGUGGUGGCCGUUGAACCGUCUAAGAUGGAUGAAUUGGGAUACACAGGCUAUGGUGGGACAUCAGCGCUGUCUGCGCUGGAUCCAUCAAACUCUAUACAGUGGCGACGGGCAAUCACACCACAGGAUGGGGUGGUUAAUAGACCACAGUGCAAGAACCGAACUGGGCGAGGUGAUGCCACACGCUGGAGAGAUCAUCUUGACAAUAUAUGGUUUUCUGGGAUACGCGCUCUAGAAGACACAUUGGCUCGUAUUGACGGAGAGAUGCAGCGAGCUAUACCGGACGGACAUGAGCAGCAGUCUGGCAUUGCGAGCAGUGAACCAGUCUUGGCUUUGGCGCUAGCAAGUCUGACCUUGGCGGUGGAGGAACAGUCCUACCAGCCUGGCGGAAACUACCAAUGCUACAGCGAUGUCGAACUCAAGGCUCGACUACCAGGUCGCCAAGCUACGCGCAUGUCCAGCCGGAGCGGAUCCGAGUCUGGCAUGUCGUUGCUCUACAGUCACUGGCAGACGGGAGAGGUUGGAGACGUGCCGGCAGAACAACCUCGCCUGCUGACAGGAGAAUAGUUUUACAACAUGAAUAGCCUUUUUUUUUCUAUUUUCAUCAAUCCGAACGCUGCAAGGCUUGAACGGGGAUGUUUUUUUCGGAGUUUAACACGUGAGAUUAUCCGCCAUGGGGUUUGGGACCAACUAUGUAUAGCUACGGCGAGGUGGAGAGGUUCGAUUGGAUGGUAAUGUUGGGGGCUACUACGACGACUACAUGGGAUGCCGUGUUUUCCGAGCCUGAUUAUUUGGAGAGUGGCUAUAGAGAACUUUGCUUAGCAAAAUGGAACAAGUGCUUUCUUUAGC